AUGGAAAUUCACUGGCUAACGAAUGACUACGUCUCACUCGUUGCUGAUAUUCUUCAACUCAUUCUCUUCGCAGCCCUGUACAUAUUUGCUCGAGGCUUGAGCAAUGACAGACUCGAUGCUCAUCACAAAGCUCACGCUAGAGGAGACAUCGCCAUUCUGUUCGGUUGCUGCGUUAUUCUAUUUGUCAAGUUGAUUCUACAAUCGGUUGAGGUGGAAUUCCAGCGGAAGGAUGGCUUCACCACCACAAACGAUGCAAUCAUUGCUACGAUUUGUUAUGCUGCGAUUCAGGCCUCUCAAUGGCUACAAUAUUUUUCUAUGCGACGGAUUCUGGCGUUGUCAGAUCGCGAUUGUCGAGCUACAAAACGAUUCCUUCCGCUGGUGGCCGCAGGUGGUUUGCUCAUGGCUUGGAUUCAUUUUGGGAUCACGUUUUUCGACACCUCCCUGAUCAAAUAUCAAUUGACUGACGAGGAAUUUGAAUUUUCACAGACGACCCUGAUUUGUAUGAUUUUCACCCAGACAAUCUUUCCUGCGACUAUUUGUUUGCGUUCACCGUCAGUGGUUGCUACUUGGAACUUCUCCAGCGGUGAAUUUCAGUAUCUGAACAUGGGAUUUUUCCAACUUGGUACUCCUCGUUUGUCCAUCAGUCACUCGCAUCAUCAUGAUGAGCAUGUACCCGAGGUGAACAAGCGCUCCCAAAAUGGCCCCAAUAUUGCCACAAUGAUGCACGCCGCUAACGUAAUGUACAGGAAACGAAUGGAAAGUGAUCACGAGGUUUGUAUCGUUGUUCCAUUACUUUCAAAGCGUCUUUUCUUUGUUCUUGCAUCAAUUCAUAAUUGUUAG